GUAUUUACGCGCAGCGCUCUCGCCUCCAUCGCCCACCGCUCCCCCGCGCCGCCCACUGCAGUGUACGCGCACACACGAAUGAUCGUCGUUCCCGGUCGUUCCACACCUAGCGCGCCAAUUUCUCGUCGUGUUUAUAUUAUUUUUGGUUUUUUUCUUUCUUUUUCGCGAUUUCACGUAUCACUCGCGCUAGUCACCACGAGCGCCGAUAAUUACUCUCCAGGCAUUUUGUACUCGUUCCAACGUUAAUAAUACUGUAGAUGUUCAGUCGAUCCAGUGACGGACCGUAUACCGCGUAAAAUAUCGUCUUCGGCUGCUAACUCUUUAUUUUGUUUCGUUAUAUUAUUGUUAUUGUAAUAUUACCGGCACACUACCCCGUAAUCAGUAACCCUCAAACCACCGCCAACACUGGACAUUACCACGACGGCAGAGGGAACUGAUAGAGAAUCAUCACGGCGGCCGAGAUAGCGUACCGGUUAACUACGGACGGACACGUUUACGACGCACAGAUACCUCAAUUAAACAAACAUCAUGGAUCUUGGAACAUUAGAUAGUCUUACUUUCUAUCAAGACUGUAUAGACUUUGACAUGAAAAGUGAUUAUGAUCGUGUGUUAUCAAAUAGUAGUUUCAACUAUGAUGAUUCCUUGUCAUUGAAUGAUGACAACAUGAUGUCCAUGAUGGAUCCGCUCAAUUCUGGAUUAUGGCUCAAUACCAAUUCAGAUUAUCACGAUUUAGCCUUCAUGGAAGGGGAUUUAGAAUCGGCUGUUAUGGUUAAUCCUAAUUCUGUAAUACCAUCAUCUGAACCAACUGCAGAAAUUAAAAUUAAGGAAGAACCAGUUGCACCAAUUUUACCAAAUACAUAUCUGCCUUUUUCAAUUAAAAAAGAGAAACUUGAGCAGAAACUUGAACCGGUGGAACCUGAAGAAGUUAUGAUUAAGUUUCCCGAAAUCAUUCCAGAAUGUACAAAUAUAAAAUCUGAGAAAUCACAAUUUGAAAUAACAAAAGUGGAAGAACUCAGACCUAUACCAAAAGCUAUUAGGCUAUCUGAUUUAUUGAGUCAAACAUCGAGUACUGGACACCAGAAGACUGAAUUAAUGACUGUACGUGUAACAAUGCCAUCAGCUUUGCCCACACUAAAGACAACUGUAACUACUAGGACAGUUCCUAUUUCUUUUGUUAAUAAUACGAUUUCCGGGCAUUACAAAAUUGUUAGGCCUAAGCAACAAAUAAAACCAAUUCAAUCCAGAAUCAAUGGCAACAAAAUGAAUGAAAGCAUGGGCCUUUAUCCAAGACCUACAUAUUCCUAUUCAUGCUUAAUUGCUAUGGCGUUAAAAAACUCGAGUUCUGGAUCUUUACCUGUUUCAGAAAUUUACAAUUUUAUGUGCAAACAUUUCCCGUAUUUUAAAACUGCCAGUAGUGGAUGGAAAAACUCUGUUCGUCACAACCUUAGUUUAAAUAAGUGUUUUGAAAAGAUUGAAAAACCAAUUGGUAGUACAGGUGCACCAAGGAAAGGAUGUUUGUGGACGAUGAAUCCAAGCAAAAUUUCAAAAAUGGACGAUGAGAUGCAAAAAUGGUCGCGUAAAGAUCCUAAUGCAAUUAGACGUGCAAUGCUCAAUCCUGAACAUUUGAAUUUACUUGAACGUGGUGAGAUGAAUGAAUGUUAUGACCGGCGUGACAGUUAUUACUUUGAUGAUGAAGAAGAGGAGGAAGAAGAAAUAAUCAGUCAAGAAAUGACAUCAGAAGAUGACAGAAUCAGUGAUGUUGAAGAAGAAUCUGAUAAUGAGUCAAGAAUUGAUAAGGAUGAUUCACCGUAUCAGCUAAUAACAUUUGGCUUAGACGAUUUAGCUAACCUCAAUGAUCUUGGCAAUGAUAUUGAUGAUGAUGAUGAAAUUGAAGAUAGUUCAAAUGAUGGCAGUUUCGGCAUUGAAGCUUCAGAGUACAAAACAAACUUUGACGAUUUGAUAUCUGUUCAAGAUAUACCUAUGACAUAUGUAGUUCAGCCUCAAAAUAAGACUGUAAUCAACAAUAAACGGCCGUAUCAACAACCUAUGUAUAAGGGUAGUUAUGUGUUGACUAAAAAUGUUACAUCAAGUGUACCAAGCCCAAAGCGAAAAUUCAUCAGUAGGCCUGUAUCAAUAUUGAGGAAUAUUUAAUAUGAAUAUUGGAUGUAAUACAAGAAUAACAUGCGGGCCUUAAUUAAUUGCAAUAUUGGUAAAACGCAAAAUUUAGCUGAUACCCCAAUUUUAUUAUUUUACUCAUGUUAAUAUAAUUUUGGUAAAUCGAGUCUGAAUAGUCAAAUUAUAAUGAAUUACAUAUCAAACGUGUUAUGUAAUAUAAAUUUAUACCAUUUUAUUUUAUGAGGAUUUUCGUGAUUAUUGCAAAACCAUGUAUAUACUUUUUAUUUGUACAUCUUCUAUAGAUGGAAUUUUAGACUGCUAAAUUUAGUUCACAAUAGUCAAUUACUAGCUAUU